AUGUCUUUUGGAAAAGUCGUCCAUCUUGCCGAUGGCACCCCCGUCCCACAAAUCGGUCUGGGUACCUGGCUCUCCAAGCCCCAUGAAGUCGAGAACGCUGUUGAGAUCGCUGUAAGGAAUGGCUAUCGCCACCUCGAUCUUGCGAGGGUGUACGAGAAUCAGGAUGAAGUCGGACGAGCACUGAAAAAGGUCAUUCCCUCGGUCGUGAAGCGAGAAGAGCUGUUCAUUACGAGCAAACUUUGGAAUGACUCUCACCGGCCCGAGUUGGUCGAGAAGGCAUUGGAUGAGACGCUUGAGCAGCUAGGUCUCGAUUAUUUAGAUCUCUAUCUCAUUCACUGGCCAGUCGCCUUCCCACCUGGAAGAGGGUUAUUCCCUCUCGAUCCCAAGAACCCUGAUUAUGUCGAAAUCGAUGGUACCACUAGCCUCGUCGACACAUGGAAGGCCAUGAUCCAACUUCCCAAGACCAAGGCCCGCAAUGUCGGUGUCUCCAACUUCACCAUCGCGCACCUCGAGGGUAUCAUUGAGGCGACCGGUGUCGUUCCUGCUGUGAACCAAGUCGAGGCGCACCCCCUCUUGCCGCAGGAUGAUUUGGUUGCCUACUGCAAAGAGAAGGGCAUCCACAUCACGGCCUACAGUCCCUUGGGCAACAACUUGAUUGGCAAGCAGCAGUUGACCGAGAACCCAGUGGUUAAAGAGAUCGCAGAGAAGCUCGGAGCGACGACAGCACAGGUGUUGGUAGCCUGGGGCGCGUACAGAGGUUACUCUGUCAUUCCAAAGAGUGUCCAGGAAUCCCGUAUCAAGUCGAAUUUCCAGCAAGUUGAAUUGUCCAAGGAAGACUAUGAGAAGAUCACCGAACUCGGCAAGACCAACCGUACAAGGCAAGUCGAGUCGUCAGUUCCAGAAGGAAAUACUGAUGUUGUUGCCAGGUUCAACGCCCCAAUCGUCUCGCACAAGCCUAUCUGGUCGAUUAACCUGUUCGACGAGGAAGAAGAGAAGGUGGCCAAGCACCAGGUUGUAAUUGGGUAG